UAAAGGUAAGUUCAGGUUAUACAAACACAAACCCAUUUCCAGAAAAAAAAUUAAAAAACUGAAGAAAGAAAAAGAAGGGAAAAUGAGUUUCGUGUCUGUGAAAAUGAUUCUAAUCUCUACUGGGAUUUUAUCCGUGGCAAUGGGGUUGAAGCUAACGGUACCUGUGGUCUCGCAUUUCAUCAUCUCCGAAGCUCCUUCAAUGUGGAGCUUCUUCCUCACAUGCUUCACCCCUCCUUAUCUCUACAUACUCCUCAACUUCAUCAUCCUCACCAUCCUCGCUUCCUUCAAGUUCCACCACUCCACACAUGACACCACCGAACCGCUUAUUUACUCCGCCGCCUACGACGGAACACUCGCAGCGGUUCACAUCCAUGCUCCUGAACCGGUCAAGAUCUCCGGCGCUGCGCAAUCGGACUACCACAGCGUCGAUUCUGAUGUAUACGUUUACGAAGCGAAAACGACUGGUAUCAGCGACGAUACAGCCGCGAACGGUGACGGUUUUGUUGGUUACGUUUACGACGAGAAUUCGCCGGUGAAAACGAUUGUUAUCGCUGACGAUACAGUCGAGAACGGUAACGGAUCUGUUGGUUACGUUUACGACGAGAAUGCACAGGUGAAAACGACGGUUAUCGGCGACGAGGCCGUUCUCGCCCCGAGCUUGCAGAGGAAAGAUUCGUUGCAGCUCGCGUUUCACGAUGAGAACGAGAAACCGCCAGUUUCCGCAAGGUUCAGCCACCGGAAAACCGGUAGAACCAGCCCCGAAGGGGGGAAGGUGGUUGCGUUGGGAGUGGCGAAGUCGAAGAAGCAGGACACGCUGGAGAGCACGUGGAGGACGAUAACGGAGGGGAGAGCCAUGCCGUUAACGAGGCACCAUAAGAGGGCCGACACGUGGGACUCCCAGCCGCGUCGGAACGCAGUGCCGUUAACGGAUCUGAACGGCGGUAAUGCCGCCCCUGUCAUGAAGAAGUCGGAGACGUUCGCCGGCAGGGAGAAGAGCGUGUCGCCCGGUUCCGGUGGGAAGCUGAGGAAAGAGCCGUCGCUGAGUCAGGACGAGUUGAACCGGCGAGUGGAAGCUUUCAUCAACAAGUUCAACGCGGAGAUGAGGUUGCAGAGGCAGGAAUCGCUGAGACAGUACCGUGAGAUGAUCAAUCGCGGGGCUCGGUGACUGAUCCACAGCGCAACGUUCAUUGUUGUUCUGAUUGUUCUUUGUUACCCUCCAAUUUGGGGGAAAAAAUUAAAUUAAGAGUCAAGUUCAAUCACGGCGGUGAUUAACUAAGGUUUUGGGUAAAUUAAUGGAGGAAUAGAUUUUGUUAUGAAACAGUGUUUGGGAUAGAAUCACAAAUUUAGUUUAGUAUGGUUUAUUAUGGAGA